CAAACUAAAAGUCCGGAAGUGUCUAAAACGCUAUUUAUGCUAGGUGUCAAUUCAGUUGUCUUUUUAAAGUCUUUGCUUGUGCUAGAAAGGAGGGUACGAUGGCAGAAAUAUCAUUUUAUCUUGCCAAUGUCAGUAUUACUGUGACAGAGGAUAUGGGCCCCGAAAAGAGCGUCAACAAAGGGAAGGACUUUGAAUUUGUUGAGCUAGGAGAACUGGAUACCAAGGAGGACAGCCAGGAGAAGAACCCACGCAGGGUCAUUCACUUUUCCAGUGGGGAGAUCAUGGAGGAAUUCAGCACAGAGGAAGAGGAGGAUCCAGAGAAAAAUGCAGAAAAAAAGGACCUUUUGUCCCCAGUAGACAAGUCUCAACUGACAUGGGGGCCUUAUGUCUGGUUUCACAUGUGGAGAGCUGCUACAUCCACUAUGUCAGCUUGUGACUACCUGGGUGAAAGAAUGGCAUCACUAUUUGGCAUAACCUCAGCUAAAUAUCAGUAUGCCAUUGAUGAAUAUAACAAGAUGAAGAAGGAGAGGGAUGUGGGGGUUUUGGACUCUGGUCUUUCUGAGGAGGCUGAGGACCUUUUCGUGGAACCACAAAGUAAAGACACCCAGGGGCCAAAGGUCAACCAGCCUGAAGCCACUCCCACUCAGGAUUUUCCCACCAGUGAUCCUGUUUGCAUGCCCAGUACCGUCACUGUCCCUGGAAGCACAGUUAACACUUAACCACCAUAAGCCUCCUCAUGUUGUCUUCACUAUGCCUUAGCAUUAAUUACGGUGGUUAACUGCUUUCUGUCACAGAUAGAGGGUAUUAAUAUGUGCUUUCUCCAGUUUGCUAUUGCACACUGAGCCUGUGGUGGUAAUAAGUUGCUUUACUCUAAAAUAACUAAUUAAAAGUACUUUAGACCCCAAAAGGCUAAGUAGUUUAGAUCCCAAAUGGCUCUAAGUUGUUCUAUAAUACAUUGCACUAAAAUUAAUUAACCCAAAUCUUACACAUACAAACACAUACACACAUCUCUCCCUAAAAAUAGGUAAACUGGGGGUGGGGGGGUGGAGCCUUAAACCCAUGAACUUUCCUCUGUAUUUAUUACAUAUUUAUUACUUCGUAUUUAUGCAUUUAUAUGUAUGUAUUUAUUUAAUCUUUGUAACAUGC